AGGCUAAAGAAAUCAAAAAAUACAUAUAGGAUCUGUACGCAUAUAUUUGUAGAUCGUCGUCUUCUAGGGUUCUCAAUUCGUUAUUCUCAAAUCUCACUAACUCCUAAAUCAAACUAUGGUGCGAGGAUUACUGAACAAGCUCGCCUCAAAAUCACUCUCCGUCGCCGGAAAAUGGCAGCAACAGCAGCUCCGCCGUCUCAAUAUUCACGAAUAUCAGGGUGCCGAAUUGAUGGGAAAACAUGGAGUGAAUGUUCCCAGGGGUGCUGCUGCUUCCUCCAUCGAGGAAGUGAAAAAAAUUGUAAAGGACAUGUUCCCCAACGAAAGCGAGUUGGUUGUUAAGAGUCAAAUCCUUGCUGGUGGAAGGGGCCUUGGAACAUUCAAAAAUGGCUUUCAGGGUGGAGUACAUAUUGUAAAGGCUGACAAGGUUGAAGAAACAGCAGGGAAGAUGCUUGGUCAAACACUCGUUACUAAACAAACUGGCCCACAAGGGAAAGUUGUCAACAAGAUCUACUUGUGCGAAAAGGUCUCCCUUGUGAAUGAGAUGUACUUUGCAAUCAUGCUUGACCGCACUACUGCUGGCCCUCUUAUAAUUGCAUGCCAAAAGGGAGGAACUAGUAUUGAAGACCUUGCUGAAAAAUUUCCAGAUAUGAUAAUAAAGGUUCCGAUUGAUGUUUUCAAAGGAAUCACAGAUGAAGAUGCUGCCAAAGUUGUUGAUGGCUUGGCUCCCAAAGUCUCUGACAAAAAGGAAUCAAUGGAGCAAGUGAAAAAGUUAUAUAAACUCUUUUGUGAUUGUGACUGCACAAUGUUGGAAAUUAAUCCCCUUGCUGAGACUUCAGAUAACAAGUUGGUUGCUGCCGAUGCCAAACUGAACUUUGAUGACAAUGCUUACUUCCGACAGAAAGAGAUUUUCGCUCUUCGUGAUCCAUCUCAGGAGGAUCCCCGCGAGGUUGCUGCUGCAAAAGCAGAUUUGAACUACAUUGGUUUAGAUGGACAAAUCGGCUGCAUGGUGAAUGGUGCUGGUCUGGCUAUGGCAACCAUGGAUAUAAUUAAGUUGCAUGGUGGAACCCCUGCCAAUUUUUUGGAUGUAGGAGGGAAUGCUUCCGAAAACCAGGUUGUGGAGGCUUUUAAAAUUUUGACAGCAGACGACAAGGUCAAAGCAAUUUUGGUCAAUAUAUUUGGAGGAAUAAUGAAGUGUGAUGUUAUAGCAAGCGGAAUCGUCAACGCUGCCAAACAGGUUGCUUUGAAGGUACCAGUUGUUGUUCGUCUUGAGGGCACCAAUGUAGACCAAGGAAAGAGGAUUCUAAAGGAAAGUGGUAUGACAUUGAUCACAGCAGAGGAUCUGGAUGAUGCCGCUGAAAAGGCAGUCAAAGCAUCUGCUAGUUGAGUUCUUCAAAUCUCAAUGAUUCUUUUGCUUGACAUGAAGAUUUUUGUGAAUGCUUUACCAAAGAUAAUCAGAAGACUAUUGCCGGCUGAUGUUUAAUAACGUUAAGAAUUAUAUCGUGAGCAAAUGUGUUUUCUUGACUGACUAAUCUCUGGUUGUUAGAGAGGUGAUCCAUUAUUAUUGGCUGAAUGUUACUGAAUUCAGUUUAAAAAUUGGUUGUGAUAGGUCAACAACUGGGAAAAUAAUACAGAUUACAUUUUGUGUCAAAAGAUUCUUGUAACAUGUUCCACAUACCCAGGGGCCCAAGUUGCCAAAGUUUUAUCACUAGUCAGAUUAAGAUACAGAUUGUCAAGAAUGUUCAAGUUACCUGCAUUUUAGAAGCUGCAGAACACGUUAAACAAUUUCAAUUUUUGUACUUGCUGGGUCGAGGGAUUCAUUACAUAACUACAUUACUUUCA